UGUUAGCCUAGCAGGAUUUGCAUCGGCUGCUUUUGUUGACACAUGCUGCCCUGUUAUUUUUAAAGCCCCUAUGAUAGGCCGUACCAAGCAGAGAGAAUCCCUGCCUAUCAGGUUAGGCCAACUUUCUGAGCAAAGUUUUCCCAUACGGUGUAAUCAGUGGUCAUCAGCCGGCAGAGCAGAAAACCGACAGCCAUCUGAUCCUGUCCCGCUGCCGCACCUCGCUCCCUCCGCUCUCCUCAAACAGGCAGCCUCGUUACAGACAGGCACAUUUGGGGAAACUUAACACCCGAAGGGGGUCUGGAGGUGCCCGUGUUUACACUUCAGAUGAGGAGGACAUCACAGGAGGACAGAUGUAGGACGUGGCUGUGCGUCUGCCUCUCCUGCAGUGCAUUUAUGGUGUUGUUGAAUUAGCCGGGCCAAGGAAACGUUUCAAAGGUCAGAGACUGAGAGACGAUUCCUGAGAGCAGAGCAGAGUUGAGAGGAGAGGAGAGCAGUCACAGAAGAAAGGAGUGACAGAAGGAAGUGCCUGGGACAUUUUAGCUUCUUCUGGGAGACAGACAGACUUUCUCUCUCCAGCUAACCCAGCGCUGUGUGGAGGGGAGGGGUGUUUGUGUCUGCUGCCGGGCUGCCGGGCUGCCUGCCGUAGAUUUUUCUCCGCCCCCUUGGAGGAAAACUAUGGCUGCCUCUUUGUGGAAUAACAGAGCUCUGGAUCAAGUUAAGUUCACUCACGGAAUCCCAACGUGAAAUUAGAAGGAACGUAACGCUGUUUAUAGAAAGGGAACUUAGGACUGACAGUCAUGGGCAAUGUGUGUGGCUGUGUACGGGGCCCCAAGGAGGAAUGCUAUGUGGACCCCACCAAAGCUCCGCUCAGCCUCGAGUCCAAAGAGCUCCGCGGCCGGCGCUACUUCCAGAGGAAGAAGAAGAGGAAAUCGGGGGAGUUUCAGCGGCCGGAAUCCCUCCGGAGCCGAGGAGGAGAGAGUGUCCAGAGUGAGGAGGAUAUACCCAGAAGGGUAGAGCACCAGCAUGGAGUAGACAGGAGCAUCAGGGAGAGCCAGGCUGGGGCACCGGAAGGGGAGACACCCAGACCUAGGCUGGGAAGUAUCAGCAAAGGGGUGUAUGUUGGGGAGGUCCCCAAAGUUCCUCUUGGGAAGAAGUUAGCAUUACGAUCUGGACGGAUUCCUGGACACCAGACAGACAGAGAGGAAAAGCUCCAUGGCAUCACCAAGACCUCCAGGAGUAUCACUCCUAAGCAUGGUCUGCUGGAAAAGAAGCUGCUACAUAAGCAGCUGAGGCGGGCGGUGACAUUCGGAGCUGUGGAGCAUAUGCUCCGGACCCUGAGAGGAGGUGGAGAUCACAACCUAGAAGGGCUCCCCAAAAUCAUAUGGAGCACUCAACUGCACAGGAAGAGGAGGAGGAGGUUUCACAGCUGCUCUGAUGGAGGGUCCCGCUCUCCAGAUUAUCUGGAGCCUCUCCAAGCAUCUGCCAAGUGUACAUCCGCCCAACAAGAGAUCUCUGAGAUCCAUGUUUGCGGGGAGUCUGAGGACAUGACAGCCAAGGAGCGGCUGCUGAUGUGGUCCCAGCAGAUGACAGAGGGCUAUGUGGGCGUACGCUGUAACAACUUCACCACCUCCUGGAGGGACGGGAGGCUGUUCAAUGCCAUCAUUCAUAAAUACAGACCUGAUCUGGUGGAUAUGGGCAGAGUGUCGGCUCAGACUAGCCGGUCAAACUUAGAACAGGCCUUUGGUGUGGCUGAACGGCUUGGGGUGGCCAGACUACUGGACCCCGAGGACGUGGAUGUGCAGUCUCCUGAUGAGAAGUCGGUCAUCACAUACGUCUCCACACUGUAUGAUGUCUUCCCUAAAGUACCUGAUGGUGUUGACGGUAUCAAUGCAAAUGAUGUUGAUAUCAAAUGGGUAGAGUACCAGAACAUGGUGAAUUACCUGAUCCAGUGGAUCAAACACAACGUGGGAUUGAUGUCAGACAGAGCGUUCCCUAACAACCCAGUGGAACUAAAGGCACUUUAUACACAGUACUUGCAGUUUAAAGAGAAUGAAAUCCCGCUGAAAGAAACCGAGAAGAGCAAAAUCAAGUAUCUUUACAAAAUGCUGGAGGUGUGGAUGGAGUUUGGUCGUAUCCAGCUGCCUCAGGGGUUUCACCCCAAUGAUGUGGAGAAGGAAUGGGGCAAGCUGAUCGUGGCCAUGCUGGAGAGGGAGAAGAGCCUGAGACCUGAAGUGGACAGGCUUGAAAUGUUGCAGCAGAUUGCAACCAGAGUCCAGCGGGACUGUGUCACUGGAGAGGACAAACUAGCGUUAGCACGAACUGCCCUGCAGUCUGAUGCUAAGAGACUAGAGUCUGGGGUCCAGUUCCAGAACGAAGCAGAGGUCUCUGGGUACCUUCUGGAAUGUGAGAACCACUUGAGACAGCAGGUGGUUGACAUCCAGAUUCUACUGGACGGGAAGUUCUACUGCUCCGAUCGGCUUGUUCAAAGGGUAUCCAAGCUCCGUGACGACCUGCUGGGGCUGAGGGCAGAGUGUUCCUCUGUGUACAGUGAAGGACGCACCCUGACCACCCAACAGACCAGGAUGAUGAUCUCAGGCAUCACUCAGAGUCUCAACUCAGGCUUCUCUUCAUCGAACCACAACUCCAGCCUCACCCCUGGAGGCCUGGGAACUCCCGGUUCCACCUUCACCUCCAGCUUUACCCCGGGCCUCACCCCUGCCCUGAGCCCCGCAAUGACACCCAGCGGCAUGCAGCCCGGGUCAAUCCAGGCCUAUAUGGGGGGCGGAGGAGGGGGCAUGGAUCCGGGAUCCCUCCAGCACCACAAACACAUGCAGAUCCGCAAGCCCCUGGGCAAGUCCUCGCUAGUGGACCCCAACAUGACCAAGGAGGAGGUCAACAUGAACUUUGUGCAGGACCUGAUCAACUGGGUGGAGGAGAUGCAGGUGCAAUUGGAUCACGGAGAUUGGGGAGCCGAUUUGCCAAGUGUGGAAACACAUUUAGAGAACCACAGAAGUGUUCACAGAGCCAUCGAAGAAUUUCAAAUGAGCCUUAAAGAAGCCAAACUUAGUGAGAUUCAGAUGACCCAAGCGCAAAAACUAAGUUAUUCUGACAAGCUGGGCAACUUAGAAUAUCAGUAUGGGAAGUUACUGAAAUGUUCGCGGGAGCGUCAGAAGAACCUGGAGAGCCUGCAUGACUUUGUGUCGCGGGCCACCAUGGAACUAAUCUGGCUCAACGAGAAAGAGGAAGAAGAGGUUGCUUUCGACUGGAGCGAUCGCAACGGCAACAUCUCCAAGAAGAGAGAGUACCACGCUGAUCUGAUGAGAGAGUUGGACGACAAGGAGAAGGUGAUCAAGUCUGUGCAGGAUAAUGCAGAGAACCUUCUGCAGGAGAACCACCCUGCCAGGCUAACUAUCGAAGCAUAUAGAGCAGCCAUGCAGACCCAGUGGAGCUGGAUUCUACAGCUCUGCUCUUGUGUAGAGCAGCACCUGAAAGACAACACAGUCUAUUUCGAGUUUUUCAAUGAUGCCAAAGAGUCCAUGGACUACCUGAAGAGCCUACAAGGUGACAUCCAAAGAAAGUAUGGCUGUGAUCGGACAAGCAGCGUACACAAGCUGGAGGAUCACAUCCAGGAGUCCAUGGAUGAGAAGGAGCAGCUCCUCCAGUACCGCAGCACAGUGGCUGGGUUGGUGGGCAAGGCCAAGGCCAUCGUCCAGCUCAAGCCCAGAACCCCAGACACCCCUAUCAGGUCUUCCAUACCCGUCAAAGCCAUCUGUGACUACCGACAAAUAGAGAUCACCAUCUAUAAGGAUGAUGAGUGUGUCCUGGCCAGCAACUCUCACCGGGCCAAGUGGAAGGUGAUCAGUCCGUCUGGCAAUGAGGCCAUGGUGCCCUCUGUCUGCUUCACUGUGCCUCCACCCAACAAGGAGGCUGUGGACCAGGCCAGCAGAAUUGAGCAGCUGUACCAGAAUGUUCUGACUCUGUGGCACCACUCACACAUCAACAUGAAGAGCGUGGUCUCCUGGCACUACCUGAUGGCGGACGUCAGAGCCAUCCGCAACUGGAACGUGUCCUCAAUUAAGACCAUGUUGCCAGGCGAGCACCAGCAGGUCCUUAGCAACCUGCAGUCCCACUUUGAGGACUUCCUGGAGGACAGCGAGGAGUCGGAGGUGUUCACAAUAGCAGACUGUUCCCAGCUAGAGAGGGAGGUGUUGACCUGCAAGGAGUACUACGAGGAGCUGCUCAAGUCUGCAGAGAGAGAGGAACAUGAGGAGUCUGUGUACAACCUGUAUAUCUCUGAGGUGCGUAACUUCCGCAUGCGUCUGGAGGCUCAGGAGGAGCACCUGAUCCGACAGAUCCGAACCCCACUGGACAGAGACGACCUGGAGCAGAGUGUCCUGCGCAUCACAGAGCAAGAGAAGAAGAAGGCAGAGCUGGAUCAGCUAAUGGAGGAUCUGGAGACCAUGAAGGAGAAGUGUGAGACAUUCCUCAGACAGGCAACGGCCUCUCCCUCUGUCCCCGCCCUCUCCUCUGACCUCAACGUCCUCAUCCAGAGCAUGAGCCAGGUUUACUCCAUGUCCUCCAUCUACCUGGAGAAGCUGAAGACGGUGAGCUUGGUGGUGAGGCACAGCCAGAAUGCGGAGGCUCUAGUGAAGCUCUUUGAGGCCAAACUUUCUGAGGAAGACGCUGUGAACUCUGACCUGAAGUCCAUUGACACAGUCGUCAGCACACUCAAGCAAUGGCGCUCAGAGAUUGACGAACAGCGGGAGGUCUUCCAUGACCUGGAGGAUGGGCUGCAAAAGGCCCGUGGCAUCAGUGACCACAUGUUCAAGGCUCAUAACGAGCGGGACUUUGACCUGGACUGGCACAAGGAGAAGGCUGACCAGCUGGGAGAGAGGUGGCACAAUGUCCACACCCAAAUUGACAGCAGACUUCGGGACCUGGAAGGCAUCAGUAAAUCUCUGAAGUACUACAAAGACUCCUACAGCAGUCUAAAUGACUGGGUCAGAGAGAUGGAGGCUGCUCAGCUCAAGACCCAGGAGAACCAGCCAGAAGACAGCAAGGCGCUCGCUGAGCUGCUCAACCAACAGAAGGUCCUUGUUGCAGAAAUGGAACAUAAGCAGAGCAGAAUUGAUGAAUGCCAAAAGUACUCAGAGCAGUACUCAUCUGGCGCUAAAGAUUAUGAGCUACAGCUGAUGACCUACAGAGCAAUGGUUGACUCACAGCACAAGUCCCCGCUCAAGAGACGGAGGAUGCAGAACUCAGCUGAUGCCAUCGUUCAGGAGUUCAUGGACCUCCGAACUCGCUACACGGCCGUAGUCACCUCCAUGACGCAGUAUGUAAAGUUUGCCAGUGAGACGUUGAAGAGAACAGAAGGCGAAGAGAGAUCUGUUGAUGAGGAGAAGAAAGAGCAUGGUGAUAAAGUUAGCAAGCUGUUAGGUUGGAUGACCAGUGUGAAACCUGGCCAGAGCAAAGAUGGUAAAGCCAGCACAGAGGCCUCUAGUAAGCCCCAGGUUUCAAUGGAAGAAAUGGUAACAAAGAAGGAGCAAAUUGCAGAAGCACUGAGAACUACACAGCUGAUGCUAACUAAACACAGUGACAAAAUGACUGAGGAUGAGAAGCAGGAAGCCAAGGAGCAGCUGAAAUCCCUCCACCAGGCCUACAGUGAUCUCUCCCAGCAGUGUUCUGAUCAGACGCCAUCUACCGAGCAGGCGUUUCAGACCAUUGAGGGGGUACUCGAAGUUGGAAGUGUAGAGGUCUACUCUGUGUUUAGCUCUGUUCAGAGCGGCCUGAUCGACCAUAACACUGGGCUCUGUCUCCUGGAGGCUCAGCUCAUCACCUCUGGCCUCGUUCUGCCUCAGUUAAGGAUGUGUCUGGAGCUGGACGAUGCUUUACAUCACAACCUCAUUGACGAGCCCACCUGGAAGCAGCUCAGAGAGCUCAACGAAGCCAACCAGUGUAUCCUGAGCCCGGCGUUCUCCUCAGAACCUCUCCCUGUGAUAGCAGCGGUUAGAGAGGGGGCCAUCUCUGAGCCCCUGGCCAUGAAGGUUAUAGAGAUCCAGCUGGCUACAGGUGGGUUGAGGGUGUCCUACACGGGCGAUAUACUGACCCUGGAGAGGGCCUUUCAGUUUGGCCUGAUCCCUGCCCCUCUGUACGUCAAGCUCUUGGAAAGACAGGACACAUGGAAGGACCUGAUCAACCCCAGCACGGCAGAGAAGGUCUCGCUCACCCAGCUGGUGCAGAGGAGCGUGGCUGAUGUGGAGACUGGACUGCGACUGCUGCCGGUGAAGAAAAGCCACAAUGGAAACAUGGAGUUGACAUCUGGGAGGGAGAUUAGUGUAUUUAGUGCGGUUCAUGAGGGCUUGAUUGACAGACAGACCACGAUGAGGCUGCUGGGGGCUCAGCUGUUUGCAGGUGGUAUCUUCAACCCCAAAACAGGCCGUAAGCUCACCGUAGAGGAAGCCCUGUCAGAAGGCUUGAUCGAUCAAGGCACUGCCACUGGGAUACUGAGCCAGCAGGCCCAAAAUGGAGGCAUAGUGAACCCUCAGAAUGGCAAAAGGCUAUCGGUGGAUGAGGCUGUUCAGUGUGAUUUGAUGAGCUCUAGCAGUGCACUCUUGGUGCUGGAGAAACAGAAGGGGUUCAUGGGACUUUUAUGGCCUCACUCUGGUGAAAUCUUGACCGUGUCUACCUCUCUGCAGCAUGAAAUCAUCACCAAUCAGCUGGCAUUCAAACUGCUCAGCAAUAGACAGAAGAUAGCUGCCCUUUACAUAGCAGAAGACUCAGAGGUAAUGGAUAUUAACUAUGCUACUCAAAAUGGUUUCAUUGACACACAUACAGCAGAGGUGUUGAAAACCAUUGAAAUACCAGAUGUUUUUCCUGAUGUUGAUGACCUUAAUGAUAGAUUUUCUAGCUGGCUGAUGUUGAGGGAGCUUCAGAUUGGAGGAUCCCGUCGCCCUACAGAUGAUAUUGAGAUUGAUGAUGAGACCAUAAAUGCCCCAUCUCCCAUCGAGGCAAAACAGUUAUUUAUCUCAUACCUCAUGAUGAAUAGUUACAUGGAUCCAAAAUCCGGACAAAGGCUUUUAAUAUUCGAUGGACAGUUGACUAAAAUGGCUGAACUUUUAGUUAACAUUUCAGUAGAGACAUCUGAAAACCAGCUACAAAACACUGCACUUGGUGAGGCCACUUUUGUGGAUAUUUCUUUGAAAGAAGAUAUUUCUGAAGAUUCAGAGAUCUCGUUUGAAAGCAAUACUGAGGAUUUUGGAUAUUUGCACAUUAACGAGGAAACAGAUGGAACAAUGAAAGACCAUCAUGCUUCCAGUUUCUUCAGGGAGGAUAAGUCAAAUUAUAAUCAAUCUGACAAUAAAGCCUUUUCUAAUAAUGUGUUUAUGGUGCUAGCCCAAGAUGGAACAGAGGAGUCUGCUUCAGCUAUUGACUGUGUAAACAACACCACACAGCCGGAUUCUGAAAUAAGCAUCUAUCAAAAUAACACAAUGGGUAUAAAUCCCAUUGGAAUUGAUGUAGAAACCUCAGAUAAUCAACCAAAAGAGACUUUCAAUGGAAUUUCAGCCACACAAACCUCUCCUAAAUCGUGCUCGGUAAAUGUCACAGACAUUAGCUUGCUCUCAGGUGCACAGGUUGGAAAAAGGAUGCUAGCGCAAGAUUUCACAGAAGAGUUAUCUGGCUCUGAUAAGAAUACCAGACAGCAUGAUUCUGAUACAAGUGUUUUGUCUGAUGGAAUUUAUCAAAAGAACGCAAGCCCAUCAUCCGUUGAAAUUGGUUUAGAAACCUCAGAUAUAGCUUUAUAUAAUCAACCAAAAGGAGAAUCAGCCUCAGAAGCCAUGUCAGAAAGCUCAUCCCCUACUAAAUCAUGCUUAGUGAGUGGCAAAGACAUGAGCUUGCUAGCACAACGUGUCACAGAGGAAGCAUCUGUAGCUGUUCAUUCUGAAAUGAAUGCCGGACAAUAUGAUUCUAAAGCCAAUGUUUUGUCUAAUAGCAUUUAUCAAAAGAACAGACAGGGCACAAGCCCAUUGUCAUUUGAAAUUGAUGUAGAAACUUCAGAAAUAGCUUCAGAUCAUCAAACAAAAGAGACUGUCAAUGCCGUUUCAGCCACACAAACUGUAUUGGAAAACUCAGCUCCUCCUAGAUUGUGCUUAGUGAAUGACACAGACAUGAGCCUGUCAUCAGGUGCCAAGGAUUCCAGAAGGACAGUGGCACAAGGCCUCACAGUGGAAGCAUCUGUAGAGGUUAGUUCUACCAGUACAAGCCUAGCACUAAUUGAAAUGAAUUUAGAAACCUCUGAAAUAGCUUCAGAUAAUCAACCAAAAGAGACAGCCAAUGGAGGAUCACCCACACAAACCAUUUUGGCAAGCUCAACUCCUAGAUCCUGCUCAGUGGAUUCUGAAGCAAGUGUUUUUAAGAAGAAGAAAAAAAAGAAGAGAACAAACAACACAAGUCUAGUACCCUUUGACAUUGAUGUAGAAACCUCACAUAAAGCUUCAGAUAUACCAACAGAGACUUUUAAUGGAGGUUCAGCCACACAAACCAUUUUGAAAAGCAGAACUCCUAGAUCAUGCUCUGUAAAUGACACAGAUAUUAGCUUGCCCUCAUGUGUACAGGACUCCAAGAUGGCGCUAGUACAAGGUUUUACAGAUAAAUCGUCUAGCUCUGAAAAUUAUACCAGACAGCCUGAUUCUGAAAGAAGUGUUUUGUGUGAUAGCAUCUAUCUAAAGAACACUAACAACACAAGCCCAGAACCAUUGGCGUUUGAUUUAAAAACCUCCUCUUCAGAUAAUCAACCAAAAGAGACGUUCACUUUCAAUGAAGGGUCAGCCACCCAAAUCAUUUUGGAAAGGUCAAUCCACCAAAGAUUGUGCACGGUGAAUGACACAGACACAAGUUUCCCCUCAGCUGCGCAGAAUUCCAAAAGCAUGCCAGCAGAAAAGGAAUAUUCUAGCUCUGAAAAUAAUGUAGAACAUUCCAAAAGGGAGAUAGUGCACAGUUUCACAGACGAAUCAUCCAUAUCUAUUGACUCUGAAAAGAAUACCAGGCAGCAUGCGUCUGAAAUGUGUGUUUUGCCUGACAGAAUCGAUCAGAAAAACACAAUGCGCACAGUCCCAACAUCAAUGAAAAUUGACACCGGCCUGAACAUGCCACCGGGUGCACAAGAUUCCCCACAACGUCCCACAAAUCCAAUGACACCUGGCUGUGAGACAGACAAGAAAACAAAAUCUGAAUCAUCUCCAUUGUCCACUUUAUUGGCAGACACCCUUGACACAUCCACAGAGGUUCCAUGCACUGAGGAAGAAGCAUGGGACAAUGAAGAUGAGAGAGGCUUUGCGAUCCACCUUCUCAGAGCCCAACUAGAGGAGGGUGGUAUUUUGGACAUCAUCUCUGGGAAACGCUAUGACCUUGAUGCAGCUCUUGAUAAGGGCCUUGUGGAUGAGGAGACUGUGUUAGAAGUGCUGGCAUUGCAGCUCCACAAGGGAGAGGUUUUAGGGGAUGAGAGAAGCACAGUGGCAACCCUGAAAGAAGCUGUGUCUAGAGGCUCCAUAUCCUCCCAGAUAGCCCUGCAGAUCAUGGAACAGCAGAGCCUGUUGGGUGGUGUAUAUGACUCCAAGUCUGGAUGCACUAUUCGUGUAAAUGAAGCGCUGGAUUCAGGGUUGAUUGAUGAUGAUUUGGCUGAAAAGAUCCUUCACUCAGACCCAGUACACAACGCAAUCAUCGACCCUGAUAGAAACUGCGUGCACAGGAUUUCUUAUUCCCAGAGUCUGUGCCUCAUAGACAACAACGAGGCCGAGAAUAUACGUCAACAUCAAACAGACAAAAAGGUGGCGGUUUUGGUUCUUGACGCCCCUGAUGAGGAUGUCAAUGGGGAAGAAGGUAAAGAGAAUAGGAAUAGACAUGCAGGGGAAGAUGUGGAUGCAGAAGGAAACAGAGAACAGAACUGCGAUUCCCAGAAGUCCUUACUACCUUCGUUCACCAUCAGUCAUGGGGUAUGUAGACAGAUCCUAUCACCUAUCCUGUCAGAUCAGGUAACAGGGGAAUGUGUCAUCCAUCAACCUGACACAUCAUAUUCAUUAAGGGAAGAUGGUUCCUCACAGGCCCCUACCAGUCCACUGUCAGACAUGGUCCCUGGGUCUAGAAAUUCCAUCCACAAUGACACGUUGUCAAACAGAUCAAACUCUCUCAGUUUGAGCGAUAGUGGAGAUAGCGGAGCUCCUCAGGCCCAGGCUAAAGAGGUGAGACAGACAGAGGAAGAUGGUAACAGUUCUCUGAGGAGAGACACGGAUCUGUCCUGUGAGGCAAUCGGCUUCACUCCGGGUGAUGGGCAGCUGGGAGCAGGAUACCGUGAGAUAGUGGGGAACCAGACUGCCAGUCCUGUUCAGAGUGACUCGGGCGUGUCCUGCUCAUCACAUAGCGAUCUGUUGUCUGAUGAAAGGAAAAUGGAGAAUGUGUUGAACGCAGUUCAGCCGCCAGCUAGCCAGCUAGUCAAUGAGUCAGAUCAGAGAAUAGAUAGCUCAUCACUGAGAGAUUUGUCUAGCGAUGUAACAAGCACAGCGUCCACAGUCGUGGGUGUCAAUGUGGAUAAAAUGGUAAUGAACAGUGAUGGACUUCCAUCGUUUAGCACUGUGCCACCUCAGCAACCGCUAGGGAAGUCAGAUGGAGAUAUCAAGCCUACAUCCUCUCAGAGCGGGUACAGUCAAAGUGAGCCCACAGGUCAAAAAAAGACUCCAGUGCAGUUGACUAACUCCUCUGAUUUAGCUAUUGUAUCCAGUGUACUGAUAAUAGAAACACGCUGUGACAAUAAUGACAGCUACGAUAUCGGUGAUCAAGAGCAGUUAGAAACUGCUCCCACUAAAGUAAUAUCUAGCAGAAUUACCCCUGAUCUGACACUGACUGAUAAACAUCUGUCAAAUUCAAACGCUAAUGUUAACGCUAAAGCUAAUGACAGGGUUGAAUCAAGCAGGGGUGAUGACAGCAAACCAUCCUCAGGGAGACAAGAAGAUUCAUCUGAUGGUAGUGUCUCACAGAUUACUGAUCAAGCUGAUUCACCCACUGUGUCCAAGUCAUCACAGACAGGACAGACAGGUACUGACAAAUGUAACUCAGUUGUGUCUGAGAAGUUGCCAGAUACAAGUUUGUCAUCAGCAUCAGAAAUGUUCCCAGGGUAUCCAUUAAAGGCAACAGAGCCAGGUAUGAGAUCAGUUGUUAAACAAGAUAAAUGUGGUGCAGUUGAGAAUCAUCCCCAGCCGAUGGCUGCUAUUGUUCAACCAGACUCUUCCUCCAAUACCCCCUCAACAUCAGAAAUUACCUCACAGCAUCUGGUAAAGGGUAAAGAGCCUGGCCUGGGGUCAGAUCUUACACAGGAUGGAAAUAGGCAAAAUCUAUGCAUUGGUGAUGAGAAUCAUACCCAUCUGAUGACUGUUGAUGUUCAACCAGACUUCAUGACACCUGAUAGUGUCCCACCACCUGUGUCGGCCAUCUAUAGUGCUCUAAGGUCCGGUUUAGGUGAGCUGGUGAGAAUGAGAGUGGAGGGGGCAGAUGUCGAUGAAUUACAAAAGGCUGAGACCCAAGCAUUGGAGGGCAUCAUCAAUCUGAUACAGGACAAUCCACAGUCCCAUGGAAGAGUUUCUGGUGAUUUUGGUGGUGAGACAGAUGCAGCUCCUAGGCUUGUGAAAAGUAGUAGUCCAGAUCUCCUCAGGGAUCUGUUGACGCAUGAGGCUCUCCGUUCAGGUAAAACUAGUCUGGAUGGAGGGAAACCACCCCAUGAAGAAACACCAUCUGAUAUGACCCAGAUUCAGUUUCAGCAGGUUCUUCAAAGUGUAUCCUCAAGCCAAGACCCUGCCAUGCUCAGAGAUGUGAUUGGAGCUUUGAGCAGUAUUCUGGGGGGUGCUCCUGAUGAGGACAGGCCACGCAACCUGGAGAUCAUCCAGGAGGAGGGCUCGUCCGAUGAGGCUGAAGGUGCCGUGGCAGAUCCCAUGGAAGGUCUUGACCUAUAUCAAUCUACUGAGGUUGAAACCAUUUCAGACACAGGCAAUGCUGAAGCAGUUCAACCUACGGUCAGGUACUCCACCCAGGAUUAUCUGGAGUGUGUUGGUAGACUUCAGGAUCAUGCAGAUGUUCUAGUGGAGAUCAGGAACGACUUGUCAUCCAAGCAGGGCUCUCUGAGUAACAACAUGGAGGAGUUACACAGUCAGCUGGAGGAAUCUCAGUUGUUGGAAGCACAUCUGUCUACACUGGCUAGCUUUCUAACCAGAGAUCUGGACAUAGCCAAGCAGCUGUUAAAGUCUGCUAAUGAACUCAUUCCCACGCAUAUCCACCAAGAUCUGGCUUCAGCCUUUCGAGAAUUGCAGCCAGCAUUUGCAGACGUUUGCCAAAUGUCUGCAGAAAGGAAUUAUGUUCUAACGCAGGCUAUUGAUAAAGGAAAGGCCAAUUUGGAGUCAACAUACCAGGAGCUCCUCAGUACCCUUGAUCAACUAUCAGGCUGUAUUCAUGACAACUCUGAGAGGGCCUGCAACCUCGACAUCCUGAACACAUAUGACGUGGACACAGUGAAAGAAAUGAUCCAGAAUAAUAAGGACAUGGUGACUAAUGUGUCAGGGACCCAGAGGCAUCUGGAGGACACUGCGUUUGACAUCCAGUACUUUAUCUCAGAGCAUGCCCAGUUCCUGAGCCCGGCCCAGAGCAGGCACCUCCUCAAGUCUCUCAGCGCCACCCAGAGGGCAAUUAAGGAUCUGAUGGAGAGGGUGGCCAAUCAGAGACACACCCUUCAACUUCAGCUGGAGAUCAGCGAGAAUGAGAGUCAGCAGAAGUGCUUGGUGGAGAAACAGAAGGAGUUCUCAGACAAGUUGCAGGAGCUGUGUGACAACCUGACCAAUACAGAGAACUGUCUGAUAGGCCAGCAGCAGCAGGCCAAGAGUGUAGAGAGUGUGGAAGACCUGCAGCAGGUCCAGAAAGAGCAUCAGGCCUUGCAGAAAGACAUCCUGACCAACGGCAGUGCCUUGAAUGAGGUCAUCAGCAGCACCAAGACGUUCCUGGAUGAGAACCGGUCUAAGCUGAACCCAGAUCAGAUCGCUGCCAUCGAGAGCAAGCUGGAGGACGCCAAGAGCAAGGUCAAACUCAUCAACCAACGGGCCGAGGAGUCAAGGAAAGACGUGGAGAAGUCUGUGACUACUGCUAUCAAACAGGAGACUGAGAAGGAGGCUGUUGUUGAGCAGCUUGAGGAGAGCAAGAACAAGAUCGAGGGUCUGCUGGACUGGAUCAACAACAUAGGGAAUGAGAAAGGGAUGGGGGUCGAUCAGACAGACCAUAUGGGCAAACAGAACGGGAACAUGCCUUUGCCAUCGGAGACCUCAGCCAAGAACAUUCUGGGAGAGGAUGAUGACCCCAAUGGAAACAAUGGAAACGCUCUCCAGACUACAGAUAAUGACACUGGCAGACAGGCUACAGAGAAGACCCCAAAACUGGACCUGGACAAGCAGUAUGAUAGGGUCAAGGCUCGUCACCAGGAGAUCCUGUCCCAGCAGCAGGACAUGAUCAUGGCCACCCAGUCAGCCCAGGCUCUGCUGGACCACCAGGCCCAUGCCCUGUCCUCCACGGAGAAAGACAAGCUGCAGAUGGACAUCCAGGAGUUGAAGAGCCGGUACGAUGCUUCCCUUACCCAGGCAGAACAGCAGAUGAAGCACGUGGUCCAGGUUCAGGAGGAGCUGAAGAAGUUCCAGGGAGACUGUGAAGAGUUUGAGGGCUGGCUGCAGCAGGCCGAGGGGGAGGUGGGGGAGCUGGGAGCCCCCGCUGGAGCUCUGAACAUCCUCACAGAGAAGCUCCAGAGACAGAAGAGCUUCUCUGAGGACGUCAUCUCCCACAAGGGGGACCUGCGGUUCAUCACCAUCUCAGGGCAGAAGGUGCUGGAUGUGGCGAAAGCCUGUGGACACAUGGACCCUGAGGGGAAAGAUGCCCAGCUGGAGGUGGAUACCACUGGAACCUGUGCUGCUGUAAAGCAGAAGCUGGACUCGGCUGCUAGCCGCUACAAAGCCCUGCACUCUCAGUGCAAUGAGCUCGGCAACAACCUCAAAGAUGUGGUGGACAAGUACAAGAAGUACGAGGACUCGACCGCUGGUCUCGUGAAGUGGCUCAACAACUCAGUGGAGGAAGCCAGAAGGCAACAGUCUGAGGCCAUUGCUGCCGACCCUCAAACCCUACAGAAACAGCUGGAGGACACCAAGGCUCUGCAAAAUCAGAUCACUGGUCGUCAGACUGCUGUGGAGACACUCCGCAAAACAUCUGACUCUCUGGUCACUGCUGAGGGGGACCUGUUGACCAAUCAGGACGAGAUCCAGGAGACAGUAGAUGAUAUUGUGGAAAGGUAUGACAACCUGUCCAAGUCAGUGAGUGAUCGUAAUGAGAAGCUUCAGAUCACCUUGACCCGCUCCCUGAGUGUUCAGGAUGGCCUGGAUGAGAUGAUAAGCUGGAUGGAGGGAGUAGAGAAGAGUGUGAAGGAGAAAGGACAAGUCCCUCUGGAUUCGGCAGCCAUUGGAGAUGUGCUGAGCAAAGGGGCAGCUCUGGAGCAGGAUAUUUCGAGUCGCCAGAGUAGCAUCUCAGCCAUGAAGGCCAAGGUGAAGAAAUUUGUGGAGACAGCUGACCCCUCCGCCGCGGCUCUGCUGCAGUCCAAAAUGGACGCCCUGUCACAGCGCUUCUCUGACACCUGUGACAAGCACAAGCAGAAAAUGGACCAGCUGGAGCAGCUGAAGGACAAGGUGGAGGAGUUCGAGAAGACCUCGGACAAGGUGCAGCAGUUUGUGCUCAAGCGCUCACAGGCCCUCUCCGAAACAGACGGGCCAGGGAAAAAUGUCAACGAGCUCUCGCAGCUCAUGCAGGACACUAACACUGAGUUGGCUGAACAUGCCAAGGAUGUGGAAAUACUGCAAAAGCUGUCAAAGGAGCUGUCCAAUAUGGGUCCAGAGGGAAGCAUGGCCCAGAUUCAGGGAAAGAUUGACAUCCUCUCCAACAACUUCAAUGCCUUCAAAGACACUGUGAAAGAGAAAGAGGAGGAGGUGUCUUCCUGCCAGGACCAGCUGGGAGACUUCAGGGAUGCAGCUGGAGCUCUCAGGACGUGGCUGGAGGAGACAACAGAGAAAGUCCCUGUGGUUCAGCCAACCAGCAGUGAACAGAGUCUAUUGAAUGACCUGCAGAGAGUCAAUGCUCUAAUGGAGGAAUGGACAACCAAAGGCUCUGCUGUCCAAGAUAUAAAUAGCAAAGGAUCUGCGCUAUGUAGCUUCAUAAGUGUUCUCACAUCUCCAGCCAAGACCAAGAUGUCACACAAGUCAGCUGUUGCUAACGGUGGUGGCCCCGGAAACCAUGCCUACCUAACCAAUAAAGAGCUGAUGGUGGUACAGCAGAACAUGUCGUAUAUCAACGAGGGCCACAAGAGCCUGGGAGAACUACUGAACGACCGGGCUGCAGAGCUCUCUGGCCUGGUGCAGCAGGUGGCAGAGGCCCAGAAGGAGACAGAUGCCAUGAUAACAUGGCUGAAGGACAUGAAGAAGACAACAGCAUCCUGGAACUCCGCUUCCACAGAGAAAGACGCCAUGAAAACACAACUGGAGCAACAGAAGGCCUUUGAGGAGGACAUGAAACAAAAGCGUGAGCAGCUCCAGAAGCUGAGAGAGAAGCUCCUCCACUUGAUUGAGAAACACCCAGACUCUCCUGAAGCAGUCAAAUGGAAGCAGAUGCUGGCACAGAUAGAUGCUGCCUGGGCGGAUGUAAGCGGGUCGGUGGAGGACAGGAAGCAGCACCUGGAGGAGUCCAACAGGAACCUGGACGUGUUCCAGACCACUGAGCCACAGCUCCGCCAGUGGCUCUCAGAGAAGGAGAUGAUGCUCAGUGUCCUGGGGCCCCUCUCCAUGGACCCCAACAUGCUCAACACACAGAGGCAGCAAGUCCAGAUCCUCCUGAACGAGUUUGACAGCCAUAAGCCACAGUAUGACCAGCUUAAUGAGGCUGCUGCUGCUAUCCUGAGCACAUCAGGCAAGCAGGACCCAUCCUCUGGUGUGAAGGUGGUGAAGGACCAACUGGCCGCCGUCACCCAGAAAUGGCAGGGCCUGACUGGGCAGCUGAGACAGCGAGCUGGCCUCAUUGACCAGGCCGUGGGGAAGACGGGCCAGUUCCAAGAUCUGCUGAGGAGCCUGAGCCAGAGCGCCGCCUCACUGGAGACCCGGCUCAACAGCCAGCAGGCCCUUAGCAGUCAGCCUGACGUGGUGAAGAAGCAGCUGGAGGAGGCUAACACCAUCUCUGGCCAGCUGAGGGAGGAGAGGAAGAGACUGAAAGAGGCUGAGACCCUCUGCUCAGAGCUCUCUGCCCUGGUCACAGAGGACUACCUGAAAACAGACCUAGCCAGGCAGCUGGAGGUGGUCACCAAGCCCUUCAAACAGUUGGAGGACAAAGCAGUGAAGCGGAUCCAGCAGCUGAACUCGGCCUUCGCAAGCUCCCAGCAGUUCCACCAGACCUCCAAAGACUUCCAGGGGUGGAUGAAUGAGACGCUCCAGGAGCAGUGUAAAUCCCAGGCAGUUUCAGCCCAGGUGGAGACCCUUCGGCAGAGCCUGAAAGAGCACAGUGCCCUGCAGAAGGCCCUCAGUGAACAUGAGGAACCAUACAGCACCAUCGUCAGGGAGGGGGAGACCCUCCUCCAGAACACAGAUGGGGCAGAGAAGGUGGCGCUGCAGGGCCAGCUGGCCACAUUGCGUUCCAACUGGGACGACGUGAAGAAGAGCUCAUCCGAGCGCCAGGAUCAGCUCCAGGGGGCGCUGCAGAGGGCCCAGAAGUACCACGAGCAUGCUGAGAAGCUCCAGUCCUGGGUCCAGGAGAGUGAGGUCAGGGAGGGUAGCGUCAGGCUCAGCGUGGACCCAGUGGAGGUGGAGAGCUCAAUCUCCCAGCUGAAGGCCAUCCAGAAGGAUGUGGACAAACACAGAGGCAUGGUGGCGCAGCUGAACACUGCAGCCGAAAGCCUCCUGGAGGUGGCCAAUGCAGACACAGAGGCCGUCAGGGAGGAGAAGGCGGCCAUUGGGCAGAGUGUGGACCGGGUCACAGAGAGGGUCCAGAACAAGAGGGAGUCUCUGGACAAGAUCUCACAGAGGCUGAAGGAGUUCAACGACACCCACAAAGAGGCCAAGGGCCAGCUGGAAGGGGCUAAGAAGCAGCUUGUUGCCUACUCAUCACUGGGGGUCCAGGCCUACAGCAACAAGAACCUGACCAGCAUGAAGGCCCAGCAGAAGAGCCUGGAUGGGGUCAACACCCAGCUGGAGCACCUGAAGAGCCUUGCCCAGGGUCUGGUGGCCGACGUCCCCGAAGCUGACGGGGUGACAGACCUACUCCUUCAGGCCGACAGCCUGGAGAAAGAGUACUGCUCCCUCAGCAAGGAUGUAGGGAAGACUUGCUCCACCUUGGAGGGCAAGCUGCAGGGUAUCGGGCAGUUCCAGACCAACAUCCGCGAGAUGUUCACCCGCUUCGCAGACUUAGAUGAUGAGCUUGACAGCAUGGCUCCUGUUGGCCGCGAACUGGCCACUCUGAAUGAGCAGCAGGGCGGCAUCAAGGGCUUUGUGGAGAAACUGCAGGAGCUGAUGGCAGACACGGCUCAAGGAGAGGACAGAUGUAAGAAGAUGCUGGAAACUGAGGCCUCCCCAGACCUUCUGGGGCUGAAGAGAGAUCUGGAUGUUCUGAGUAAGCAGUGUGGCAAGCUGAUGGACAGAGCCAAAGGGAGAGAGGAAGAGGUGGGGAGCACACUCACCCGUCUGAAUGAGCUUUACUCCAAGCUACAGCAGUUCACUAACAAACUGGGCGGGGCCGAGGUCAAGGAGGAGGGUCAAGGGUCAGUUGGCAUGGAGACAGAUGUCAUCAACCAACAGUUGGAAGCUUUCAAGGUAUUCCAGAAAGAGGAGGUUGAUCCACUACAGACCCAGUUGCAAGACAUCAACUGGCUGGGCCAGGGCCUGAUCCAGAAUGCCGCCAAAGGUACCAGCACCAAGGGCCUUGAACAUGACCUGGAGGAUGGCAACACUCGAUGGAACACACUCAACAAAAAGAUUGCUGAGCGGUCAGCGCAGCUGCACGAGGCCCUAUUGCAUUGUGGGAGGUUCCAGGAUGCUCUGGAGUCCCUGCUCAGCUGGCUGACGGACACGGAGGAGCUGGUGUCCAAUCAGAAACCUCCCUCUGCUGAGUUCAAAGUCGUCAAGGCACAGAUCCAGGAGCAGAUACUCCUCCAGAGGCUGCUCGAUGAUCGUAGGCCUACGGUGGAGCUGAUUAAGAAGGAAGGAGGGAAGGUUGUGGACCUGGGAGCAGAGUUUGUGGAAAAGGAGAAGGUGGGGAAGGAGAUUGAGUGCCUGGGGCAGAGGUGGGACGCUUUGCUGAAGAAGGCUGAGAACAGGCACAAACAGCUGAAGAGCAUUCUAGUUGUGGCUCAGCAGUUCCAUGAGACACUGGAGCCUCUGUCUGAGUGGCUCUCUGCCACAGAGAAACGCUUGGCCAAAUCUGAACCCAUCGGCACACAGACUACCAAGCUGGAAGUGCAGAUCUCCCAGCACAAGGCCUUAGAGGAGGAGAUAAUGGGUCACAGUAAAGACCUGGUUCAGGCCGUCAGCCUGGGUCAGAUGCUCAAGCCAGUUAGCUCAGUGGACGAUAAGGAGCUGGUGCAGUCUAAGCUGGACUCCACCCAAGCCAGUUACAUAGAGCUGCAGGAGCACUGUAGGAGGAAGGCUGAGAUGCUGCAGCAGGCUCUGGCCAAUGCCCAGCUCUUUGGAGAGGACGAGGUGGCCCUCAUGAACUGGCUCAACGAAGUGCACACUAGGCUGAGCGAAGUGUCCGUCAAAGACUACAAGACGGACGUUCUUGAAAAGCAGUGUGCAGAACAACUGGCCCUACAUGAAGACAUUGAGUUGAGGAAGCAGAAUGUUGAUCAAGCCAUUUCCAAUGGAUUGGAGCUGCUGAAACAAACAACAGGUGAUGAGGUGGUUGUCAUCCAAGGCAAGUUGGACGGGAUAAAGACGAGAUACGCUGAGAUCAACUCCAUGAGUGGUAACGUGUCUAAGACCCUGGACGAGGCCCUGACCCUGGCCUCUAAGCUUCAGCACACCCAUGAAGACCUCAGCUCCUGGCUGAAGAAUGUCGAAGCUGAGCUCACCGCCUUUGCUGCUCAGCUGCCUGUAGGAGAGCAGCUCAUCCAGGCACAAGACAGGCAGAAGGCAUUGCUGAAAGAAGCCAUGGAUCACAAGCCCCAGGUGGACAAACUGAACGAGGUGAGCAGCUCUCUGCUGGAGCUGGUCCCAUGGAGGGCCCGGGAGGGCCUGGACAAGCUGGUGACAGAGGACAACGACCGAUACAAGGCCGCAAGUGACACCAUCACACAGCAUGUGGAGCAGAUCAACGCCGCCAUACUGAAAUCACAGCAGUUUGAACAAGCAGCUGACAAUUUGCUGGCCUGGCUUACUGAAGCAGAGAGGAAGAUGUUGUCAUUGGGGGAGAUCAGGCUGGAACAGGACCAGACCACAGCACAGCUCCAGGCCCAGAAGGGCUUCUCCAUGGACAUCAUGAGACACAAGGAUGCUGUGGAUGACAUUGUGAAAACAGGCGAGGCCAUCAUGAACAGCAAGGAUGAGGAUGAAAAGCAAGCCUUGAAGGUCAAGAUCCAAGCCCUCCUGGAGAAGUACGGCGUGGUAAGUCAGCUGAACUCGGAGCGCUGCCUGCAGCUGGAGCGAGCCCAGUCUCUGGCCAGCCAGUUCUGGGAGACUUACGAGGAGCUGUGGCCCUGGCUCCAGGAGACCCGCACCAGCUUCAGCCAGCUCCCACUGCUGGCCAUUGAGUACGAAGCUCUCCGACAGCAACAGGAGGAGCUCAGGCAAAUGCGAGAGCUGAUUGCAGAGCACAAGCCCCACAUCGACAAGAUGAACAAGACGGGUCCCCAGCUUCUAGAGCUGAGUCCUGUGGAGGGGAUCCCCAUCAGGGAGAAGUACACAGCCACCGACCUGCUGUACGCCCAGCUCAAGGCUGAUGUCAAACAGAGGGCUGCCACGUUGGAUGAGGCCAUAUCCAAAUCCACACAGUUCCAUGACAAGAUCGAGCCCAUGCUGGAGUCCCUGGAGCGGAUCGCUGAGCGUCUGCGCCAGCCUCCCUCCAUUUCCGUGGAGGUGGAGAAGAUCAGGGAGCAGAUCACAGAGAACAAGGCUGUGUCCGUGGACCUGGAGAAACUGCAGCCUUCCUACGACACGCUCAAGCAGCGCGGAGAGGAGAUGAUCGCUCGCUCAGCGGGAGCUGACAAGGACAUAUCUGCUAAAGCUGUGCAAGACAAGCUGGACCAGAUGGUGUUCACCUGGAAUGAGAUCCAUGCCCUGAUGGAGGAGAGGGAGGCCAAGCUGCUGGAUGUAAUGGACCUGGCAGACAAGUUCUGGUGUGACCACUGUGCCCUCAUCGUUACCAUCAAGGACACCCAGGACCUGCUGAGGGAGCUGGAGGAGCCUGGAGUCGACCCCUCUGUGGUGAAACAGCAGCAGGAAUCUCUGGAGAGCUUCAAGGAGGAGAUUGACGGGCUUCAGGAGGAGCUUGAUGUGGUGCGGAACUUGGGGGCGGAGCUUAUGGCUGCCUGUGGCGAACCAGAUAAGCCAGUCAUAAAGAAGAGUAUUGAUGAGGUGAACUCGGCAUGGGAGACUCUGAACAAGGCAUUGAAGGAGAGAGUGGACAGACUGGAUGAGGCCAUGCAGGCUGCUAUGCAGUUCCAGGAUGGCCUGCAGGGUAUGUUUGACUGGGUGGACAUCGUGGAGCACAAACUGGAUUCUAUGUCACCUGUGGGUACAGACCUGGACACUGUCAAGCAGCAGAUUGAAGAACUCAAGGAGUUCAAAGGUGAGGCGUAUCAGCUCCAGAUCGAGAUGGAGCGUCUGAACCACCAGGCGGGCCUACUGCUGAAGAAGGUGACGGAGGAGUACGACCGCUGUGCCAUCCAAGAGCCCAUGACCGAGCUCAAAAUGCUCUGGGACAACCUGGAUGAAAAUAUCAUCAACAGACAGCACAAACUAGAGGGAGCGCUGUUGGCUCUGGGGCAGUUCCAGCAUGCGCUGGAUGAGCUUCUGGCCUGGAUGAGCAACACGGAAGAGUUGCUUAAUGAGCAGAGGAAGGCUGCAGGAGACCCCAAAGCCAUUGAGAUCGAGCUCGCCAAGCACCACGUCCUCCAGAACGAUGUGAUGGCCCAUAAGACCACGGUGGAGGUGGUCAAUAAGGCUGGUACUGACCUGGUGGAGUCCACCUCUGGAGAGGAAGCCUCUGGACUGCAGAGCAAACUGGAGAACCUCACCCAGCGCUGGAAGAACAUCCUGGAGAAGACAGAGCAGAGGAGACACCAGCUGGACGGUGCUCUGCUUCAGGCCCAAGGUUUCCAUGGCGAGAUCGAAGACAUGCAGCAAUGGCUGAAAGACACAGAGCGUCAGCUGUUAGCAUCAAAGGCUGUGGGAGGCUUACCAGACACGGCCCGCGAGCAGCUUAACGCCCAUCUGGAGUUAUGUUCUGCAUUAGAGGCCAAGGAGGAGCUCUACCAGCAGCUGAUGAACAAAGGUCAGCAGCUGCUCACCAUGACCCCCUCCGGCCAGGACAGCAACACAGAGCAGGACCUCAGGAACCUGCAGGACAAGAGGGAGUCGGUACAGGUCAAGGUGGCUGAGAGAAAGGUGAAACUGGAGGAGGCCUUGACUCUGGCCACAGAAUUCCAUAACUCUCUCCAGGACUUCAUCAACUGGCUGACCCAAGCUGAACAGACUCUCACUAUGUCCUCUCCUGCCUCCCUCAUCCUGGAAAACAUCAUGUUCCAGAUAGAUGAGCACAAGGUGUUUGUGACGGAGGUGAACUCCCACAGGGAGCAGAUCGUUGAGCUGGAUAAGACAGGAACCCACCUGAAGUACUUCAGCCAGAAGCAGGAUGUGGUGCUGAUCAAGAACCUGCUGAUCAGUGUGCAGGGCCGCUGGGAGAAGGUGGUGCAGAGGUCUGUGGAGAGGGGCCGUCUGCUGGAUGAUGCCAGGAAGAGGGCCAAACAGUUCCACGAAACCUGGAACAAGCUGACGGAAUGGUUGGACGAGUCGGAGAAGGCCUUGGACUCCGAGCUGGAAAUCGCCAACGACCCUGACAAGAUCAAGAUGCAGCUGGCCCAGCACAAGGAGUUCCAGAAGGCGCUGGGGAGCAAGCACUCGGUGUAUGACACAACCAGUCGUACGGGACGCGCCCUGAAGGACAAGACGUCACUGCAGGACGACAACCAGAAGCUGGAUGACAUGCUGAGUGAACUGAGGGACAAGUGGGACACUGUCUGUGGCAAGUCAGUUGAGAGGCAAAACAAGCUUGAGGAGGCACUGCUGUUCUCUGGUCAGUUUACUGAUGCCCUUCAGGCCCUGAUUGACUGGCUGUACAGAGUGGAGCCUCAGCUGGCCGAGGACCAGCCAGUACAUGGAGAUAUAGACCUGGUCCUCAAUCUCAUUGACAGUCACAAGGUGUUCCAGAAGGAGCUGGGUAAGAGGACGGGGAGCGUUGCGGCCCUGAAGCGUUCGGCUAAGGACCUGAUUGAGAGCAGCCAUGAAGACUCAUCCUGGGUCAAAGCUCAGAUGCAGGAGCUGAGCGCUCGCUGGGAGACUGUGUGCGCCCGCUCAGUGUCUAAACAGACCCGGCUGGAACAGGCAUUGUGUCAGGCUGAGGAGUUCCACUCUACGGUCCAUAUCCUGCUGGAGUGGCUGGCCGAGGCUGAGCAGAGCCUCCGUUUCCAUGGCACCCUGCCCGACGACGAGGAUGCCCUCAGGGCUCUUAUCGAGCAGCAUAAGGAGUUCAUGAAGAAGCAGGAGGAGAAGAGAGUAGGCCUGAACAAAGCCACCAGUAUGGGGGAGGCUAUCUUGACCAUCUGCCAUCCAGAUUCUAUCACCACCAUCAAACACUGGAACACCAUCAUUAAAGCCCGGUUCGAGGAGGUCCAGGCGUGGGCACGGCAGCACCAGCAGCGCCUGGCCAUGGCCCUCAGUGAUCUGCUUGCCACUCAGGAGCUGCUGGAGGGUCUGCUGUGCUGGCUGCAGUGGGCUGAGGCAACACUCAACGAGAAGGACAAGGAGGUCCUGCCUCAGGAGAUAGACGAGGUCAAAGCUCUCAUUGCUGAACACCAGACAUUCAUGGAGGAAAUGACCAGGAAACAACCAGACGUUGACACGAUCACCAAGACACACAAAAGAAAGGCUGCGGGUGGUAGCGAGCCUGCCAUCCAGUCCCAAAUCCCUGUCCUGGAGAGAGGAAGAGGUGGAAGAAAGCGUUCUCCCACACAAGCCAUGUACCCAUCAGCGUCACAGCCUCCCAUAGAGACCAAGAACCCCAGGGUCAACCUGUUGGUCAGCAAGUGGCAGCAGGUGUGGCUACUGGCCCUGGACAGGAGGAGGAAACUCAACGAUUCCAUGGACAGACUUGAGGAGCUGAAGGAAUUUGCCAACUUUGACUUUGAUGUUUGGCGGAAGCGCUACAUGCGAUGGAUGAACCAUAAGAAGUCACGUGUCAUGGACUUCUUCAGACGCAUUGACAAGGACCAGGAUGGAAAGGUCACCAGACAGGAGUUCAUUGAAGGCAUCCUCUCCUCCAAAUUCCCUACCAGUCGGCUGGAGAUGAGUGCGGUCGCAGACAUAUUUGACCGGGAUGGUGACGGCUACAUCGACUACUACGAGUUUGUGGCUGCCCUUCAUCCCAACAAAGAGGCAUACAAACCCCUCACAGAUGCAGACAAAAUUGAAGAUGAGGUUACACGCCAAGUGGCAAAAUGCAAGUGUCCUAAACGAUUCCAAGUUGAGCAAAUUGGUGCCAACAAAUACAGGUUCUACCUUGGAAACCAGUUUGGUCUGGUUCACUGCUUACAUGAUGAUGAGAUAAUAGCAAACAGGGACAGUCCAAAUCUAACCCCCCAGCUACACGUUACAGUUUUGGAAAGCUGUAUUCUGUUCGGAGACUCCCAGCAGCUGCGUCUGGUGCGGAUCCUGCGGAGCACUGUGAUGGUGCGCGUUGGUGGAGGCUGGAUGGCUCUGGAUGAGUUCCUGGUAAAGAACGACCCGUGUCGAGUUCAUCACCACGGGAGUAAAAUGUUGCGCUCGGAAUCAAACUCUUCAAUUACUCAGUCUCCUAUAGGUUGGCAACAAAUCUCACACUUUCUCACCUUGCUCCAUGAACCCCCCAGUGCCAAAGGCAGGACAAACAUGGAGCUGCGAGAAAAGUUCAUUCUCCCAGAGGGCACCACUCAGAUGAUGGCAAGCUUCCGGUAUAGAGGUCGUAGGUCGCGACCGUCGUCACGGGCUGCCUCUCCCAACAGGUCAAACUCUAGCCAUAGCUGUCCGGCCCAACAUAAUAAUCCAGCCUUGCCCAGCACACCCAAGACUCCCCAACACAUAACUCGCAAUUAUGAUAAACCCUGGCUGACAAACAGCAAACCCUCCAGUCCUCUUAAAUCAUCAGACUCCUUUGAGAGCCAAGGUUCAUCCUCUGAGAGCACUCCGAUACAGGGAAGUAAACUGCGGCUCCCUGGAUACUUGUCAGGAAAAGGUUUCCAGUCGGGAGAAGAGCAGGGAACCCUGAUCAAUGCUGCUGUGAUGAAGGCACGGGGACAGGCGAUAGGGUUUGAAUCGAGAAGAUCCGGCAGCCGACCUGGAAGUAAAGCAGGCAGCCGAGGGAGCAGCCGGAGGGGAAGCGAUGCUUCAGACUUCGACAUCUCGGAUAUCGCAUCGGUGUGCUCCGACACAUCGGAGACGGUGGGUGACACCAGUCGGGCUACACCCCGCUCGUCGUCACGUCAACACGGAGGCAAGCCCUCCAAAAUCCCAACUCCUCAAAGAAGGUCGACCCCCAGCAAACUGGCCCAGACCUCCAAGAGAUAGUCAGGGGCCUUGAGACAACCACAGGAGUCACGUUGCCCCAAAGUGACAAGAGAGACUGGUGUAUGUGUUGAUUAUUUAAAGUCUUGUGAAGAUGUAAAAUAUUCUGUUGAGAUAGAAAAAUGGUUUAUUAUUAAGUGAGAAUGGAAUGCCAAUGGCCUUGUGUUUGUCUUAAUGUAUUUAAUUUUCUGUGAAUAAUGUCAAAUUAUUAUGAUUAUUUUAUUGACGCUAAACCUGAAGAGUUUAAAGAAACUGAAAAGAAAAAAAACAUGGAAGACCACACUGUAUGGUCAACUAACAAUUCUACACACUAAUGAAUGGUAAAACACGGCAUUGUACUCGUGAGAGAGUUACUGAAUGUUCUGUAUGCUGACAUGCGUGUGACAGACGGUGCAUCACGCUACCCUGUGGGACACCUCAAUUAUCUAUUAUCUAUUUAAAGUGCAAUGAUGUACUGCCAAAAUGCAUUUAAAGGGCAAUACAAUAUACAUGCAGCCUACCACAUAGUAAACACUGCAAAUAAUGAUGUUCUGACUGAGAUGACUGUUGAAGGCAAGUUCACGCAGAAAUCCCUCAAUAUCCAGGCUUUAAAGUACUCCACCUUACCUUAGGUAGUACUGUUUUGUUUGGUCAACUUACAGUGACGUGUGCCAUUUUACCUUGGACAUUGGCCUCCCCGGACCCUGAGUAGACAUUCUUUAGUGCAUUCGUCAGUGUAUGGUUCAUUUUGCUAGAGUGGAAAGGAUCGCUGUUAACGUUUUGUAAUAAAUCUGCUAGCUGAAAGCUACCAUGGGAUACUGA